AUGCCGCCAGUCAUGCCGUCCGGGGGAGGCCAGAUGCAGAAGGCUCCGUCAACAUUUGAUAAGAUGAAAAUGGGUGCCAUGAUGGGAGGAUCUGUCGGCCUGAUCAUGGGCUUCAUCAUUGGAACCGUCUCGAUCUUCCAAUAUGGCGCCGGUCCUAACGGUAUAAUGCGCACGCUGGGCAAAUACAUGGCUGGUUCUGGAGCUACAUUCGGGUUCUUCAUGUCGAUUGGCAGCGUCAUCCGAACAGAAGGCCCCUCGGGCUCCUACCAGACCUGGUCCGCCGCCCACCGACGACCGAUGCUCAUCCCAAGCCAGUACCGUCCACACGCCCGGAGAGAAUAG